GAAUGGUUGGUCUCCAAUCGACCUGAAAUCACUGCACUGAACCGCCUUUGCCAGGUAUUUAUCCCAAUAGACAACUUCAGCAAGGAUAUCGCAAAUAAGGAGUCCGAUCGAAUGACCGGUGAAUUGGUCGAGCUCCGGGGCUCCUACACUGCCGAGGAAGAGAAAGCCGUUUUACGCAAGAUUAACACAGUCAUUCUGCCUUUGAGUCUGAGUUAUACUGGCAUCUUCGGCUUGAUCGAAGAUCUCAACAUGACCAGCUCGCAAUACUCAUGGUCAAGCUCCAUUUUCUACGUUGGGCAACUGAUUUCUGAGUACCCCUUUAUUUAUCUAAUGAGUCGACUUCUAUCAAACAAAUUCGUCGGUACCACCGUGGCAUCAUCUACAUAUGUCUGGCUGCACCUCAAACCUUUGGCGGAUUCGCUGCUGUACGUUUUCUUCUCGGAUUCAGCGAAGUACUGCAAGCAAGAAAAUAAUGCCCGAACCGCGUUACAGGCUUCAAUAAAUGGACUGGCUCGAGUACUAGGCUGUUGUCUGAUAUACGGGAUUAGCAAGAACACAUCACUCACGAUAGCCCUCUGGCACGUAUCAUUCAUUAAUCAUGGUGGGAUAACUCUUGCAGCCGGGGUGGCAUUUUUUUUUUUUCUGAUGCCGAAUGGGCCCAAGGAUGCAUGA